AUGAAUCAACUGUACAAGGAGUACUGCAAAAUUGAGCUCGACAAAAAUCCAAUAGACGUAAAGGAUAACCCAUUGGAGAUGGAUCGAUCUGCAGAAAGCACCGAUACUCUUUACAGCCAAACAUUUUGCAAUGUGCCACGUGCAGAAUUCUGGCUCAGGGACGAUUCCAGUAAGAAGAAAUUUGACCGUCGUCAUGUUUGCCAAACAAUUGCCAAAAUUGGAAACAUUAUGGUCAUGCAGUGGGCGGCACACCAACAAGGAAUCCCAUGGGAUGAGUGCACGUGUAAGACAGCUGCCGAACAUGGACAUUUCGAAUUGCUCCAAUGGUUGCAUCUAAAUGGUUGUCCAUGGGAUGAAGGGACAUGUGCUUAUGCUGCUAAAAAUGGACAUUUGGAAAUGCUCCAAUGGUUAAGAGAGAAUGGUUGUCCAUGGGAUGUGAGGACAUGUGAAGUUGCUGCUGAAAACGGUCAUUUGGAAGUUUUGAAAUGGGCUCAUGCAAAUGGUUGUCCAUGGAAUGAGAAUACAUCCUGGCUUGCUGCCUCAAAUGGACAUUUGGAAAUUGUAAAGUGGGCUCGUGAAAAUGGUUGUCCAUGGAAUGCAGAGACAUGUACAAAAGCUGCUAAAGGUGGACAUUUGGAAAUCGUUCAAUGGGUGCAUGCAAAUGGGUGUCCAUGGGAUGAAACGGCAUGUUCCAAUGCUGCUGAAAAUGGACAUUUUGAAAUUCUCCAAUGGUUAAGAGAGAAUGGUUGUCCAUGGAAUGAACAUACAUGUGCCAGUGCUGCUUUUGGUGGACAACUGGAAGUUUUGAAGUUGGCUCGUGAAAAUGGUUGUCCGUGGGAUGCACAAGCAUAUUUCUGGGCUGGCAGGAAGAAACAAAGCGAAAUGAUCCAGUGGCUACGAGACAAUGGCUGCCCUGGGUCUCAUGAUUGAGGACACUACUUUUAAAAUUAACGUAUCUAUUUAGUAUUUGUUUUUCUAAUA